AAGUCUGCCGCGUGUUUUGGUUUAUUUUCGCACCGUGCGGUCAAGUUGAGUGAAACAAGUCAUACAAGCGGUACGGGGGAGCGCGAGACGUACAGAACAAGUUGUACGCGUUUUUGUGGGAUAAAAACGAUUUUGUUCCAACCGUCCAGGGUCAGGGACGCUGUGAAACAUGUCUGCUCUUUCUGCCUGGUUUUGGAACGAGAGGUUUUGGCUGCCACACAACGUAACCUGGGCAGAUAUGGCAGACCCUGCUCCCGGGGUGGAGUAUCCCAAAGCUAGACACUUGCUUACUGCUUUCCCGCUUGCCUUGGGAAUUUUCGCCGGCAGGAAACUCUUCGAGAGAUUUAUUGCCAGCACCUGUGCCCAGAGACUCCACAUUCGGGAAAGUGUGGGAAGAAGAGCUCAGCCCAAUGCAGUGCUGGAGAAAGUGUUUACAUCCAUCACAAAGAAUCCAGACUCUCGACAUGUGGAUGGCCUGUCCAAACAGCUUGACUGGGAGGUGCAAAAGAUCCAGCGUUGGUUCAGACACCGUAGGAUCCAAGAAAAAGCCAGCACACACACUAAGUCCUGUGAGAGCAUGUGGAGGUUUACAUUUUAUUUGGUCAUAUUUAUCUAUGGAUUCCACUUUUUGUGGCAGUGCCCUUGGUUGUGGGAUACACGGCAUUGCUGGUAUGGUUACCCCUAUCAGGUCAUGACUCCUGGUCUUUAUCACUACUAUAUGAUCGAGCUGGCUUUCUACUGGUCACUCAUGUUCUCCCAGUUCACUGACAUAAAAAGGAAGGACUUCCGGAUUAUGUUCAUCCAUCACCUGGCUGUAGUUUGCCUGAUCAGCUUUUCAUAUGUCAACAACAUGACGCGAGUAGGGAGCCUCGUGUUGUUGGUCCAUGAUUCCUCUGACUUCCUGCUAGAGGCAGCCAAGCUUGCCAACUAUGCCAAGUACCAGCGCCUGUGUGACUUCCUGUUCAUUACGUUUAGUGUGCUUUUCUUCAUCACACGAUUUAUUAUACAUCCAUUAUGGCUCCUGAACAGCACGUUGUUUGAGAGUUGGGCCAUAGUAGGGCCAUACCCGUCCUGGUGGCUCUUCAACUUCUUACUGCUGGUCCUCCAAGUGCUGCAUAUCUUCUGGUUCUACUUCAUAGCCCAUGUAGCUGUCAAAGCCAUGAUGCACGGCAAGGUUAUCAACGAUAACCGCAGUGACACUGAGCGCGGUUCAGAAGUCGAGCCUGACACAUCCACAGAAGACCUCAAGACCUCUCCUGAUUCUGUCAAAGGAGAAAAUGGCUACUAUUCUGCUGCUAAAGCCUCAGCACAGAACCACGGCAGCUGGUGACAUGGAGCCUGAAGCUGGGAGCAGUUUGUCCCCUCGCAUCUCAGGAGCUUUGUCUUAUGACGUUCCUCUGUCAUGCAAGGCUCACACCCACAUAAUCUACUACUAUCACAUUGAGUGUGCACAGAUUCACGUCCUGGUAAACAAAUGAUGGAUAUACGAACAUUGGCUUUGAAGGGCCCUGUAAUGACAUGUACUACAACUCUAGAGGUGACCUGUAAAUGCUGAAAUGACAUGGAAAUGAACUGAAGCAAAUGAUUUACAUAGCCUUAUUUGUCAAAUAAUGGAAUACAUUUUGUGCUGAGUUUGGCUGCAGUUGCUAGUUUCAGUGUUCUCUCCCAGUUUUAAUGGCCAGGUGAACUCGAGUAUUUUUGUUUCUCAUGGUUAAUUCACAUGGGAUCACAUAGGGUGGGCAAUAGCUGCUGGGGUGUGUUUGAACCUUUCAAUCACAUCACAGCAGGUAUAACACUGAAAUAACUGUUAUGGCUGUUUUAUCAGCUUUUAAAAGCAAGUCACUUGCUGUGUGUGCAUGACGAAGUACAACACACUUGAAAUUAAACAGCAGUUUCUGCCCUUUGUGGUUUUUUGUGUAGUUAUCCUUUAACCAUGUUGACUGCUUUGUGAUGUAUUGUUUUUUUUCUGUUUUACUUUUUUUUCCCCUUUACUUCUGCUGAGACCAAAUGCUUCCUGUAAAUUUCUUCAUGUCACUGCCUACAGGUCAAUCAAGGUAUGAGGACCAUGCUACAUACUUGGUAUCAUGUUUUGACUUGAGUGCCUCGUAAAAAUCUAUUUUCAAAUAUAUUUUGUGUUGAAAGAUCUCUUUGUUAUUGCAGCACUAUUUAAAGACUUAACUACACUGUGUGGUUAAAGGAAUUUAUUAUAAUACAAACAAUUGCAGCCCUCUUUACUCCUGAGCCAG